UACACACACCCACAUAUAGAUAUAGAAACAAACAAGACAUAGAAACCAAACAGAAAUGGAACAUACGUCAUGAAAUUCGUCAUCCGUCAAGCCCCGCAAUACUUAGAACCAGAACCUUCCCGAUUUCCUCUUCUCUUCCUCGUCUCUCUCCCUCCUAUAUAUAUCUAUCUAUAUGUUACAAUCUCCGCAACCCUUUUACCUCUUCAUUCAAACUCCAACAAUCAGUUCUCAUCAGUAAUACUAAUUCCAACCCCAAAUCAUGGGCGAGAAAGAUCCAGCGAAAAGCGGAGGAGAAGAGAAGAAGGCCGACGGUGGCAAGAAGGACAACGGGUUAGUCACCGUUGUGAUGAAGCUCGAAAUGCAUUGUGAAGGAUGUGCCAAGAAAAUCAAGCAAUCUGUUCGUAAUUUCAGUGGUGUCAAAGAAGUGAAGGCAGACAUUGAGAGCAACAAGUUGACUGUGACAGGGAAGGUGGACCCCAUCAAGCUUAAACAGAGAGUCGAAGACAAGACGCACAAGAAGGUGGAGCUCAUCUCUCCUCAGCCCAAAAAAGACGCCGCCGCCGCGGGCGGUGGUGACAAGAAGGCCGAGGGGAAGAAGUCCGGCGAACAAAAGGUGGAGGAUAAGAAACCCAAAGAGCCUGCCGUGAGCACAGUUGUUUUGAAGAUUCGGGUUCAUUGUGACGGAUGCAAAAAAAAAAUAAAACGAGUCAUAUCAAAGAUCAAAGGUGUAGAUUCAGUUACAAUUGAUGGGGAGAAAGGGUUGGCCACGGUUAAAGGGACGAUGGAUGUUAAGGAGCUCACGCCACACUUGACAGAAAAAUUGAAGCAAAGCGUGGAGGUUGAAGGCGGUGGUGGUGACAAGAAGGGGAAAGAAGGUGGUGGAGACAAAAAGGGGAAAGAAGGUGGUGGUGAGUCAAAAGCCCCUAGUAGCGGUCAUGGGAAAAAGAUCGAAGAACCAAAGGUGGAGGUGAACAAAAUGGAUUAUUAUGGGAAUGUGCCGUCUUCUUCGUAUUAUUCAGCGCCAAUGCAUCAUCAAGGUUACCAGGAUCAGGGUUACGGUGUUCCUAUAUAUAAUCAGGGUUAUGGCGUUCCUGUGUAUAAUCAACGUUACGUCAACCCUGGUUAUAGUCAAGGUUAUCCCAAUCAAGGUUAUGCCGCCGAAUACUCGCACCCUCCUCCACCUCCGCCGCCCCCUUCGUACGGGAAUACACCUGAUAUGUUUAGUGAUGAGAACCCUAAUGCUUGUUCUGUUAUGUAAUAUAAUUGCCUUAAUUGCAAUAGAGUAGUAGUACAUUUUGAGGCUAACUAUGCACACACAAAAAAGAGUGCAGGAAGAAGGGAUAGAAUUUCCUUUUGGAAAUGUCAGUUAGGUCACAAACAA